AUGAAGCUCGCCUCUGCCAUCCUCGCGGUCGUCUGCGUCGCCUUUGCCAGCCAAGCCGAGGCUAGGAACUGCAUCGCGGGUAUAACAUAUUGCGGAUCCACCUUGCGCGCCAUCGCCACCGGAUCGAACUACGACCCCGUCAUGGCUGCGACAGGCCACGUGCUCGGCAACGACAAGUUCUACUGCAACGACAGGAACGGCGGCAUCGUCUGGCUCAAAACGUGCCGGGAGAACUGCGUGGACAGAGGUGCUGCCAAAAGCGACUACUGCCAAAAUGAAGACCCUAGACCGCAGGAUGGAUGA